AUGGGGUUUUUAAAAAAAGCAUUGUUCUUUGGAGGAAUCUAUGGUGUAGGAGUAUACGCGGGUGCUGUUGCAUGGACCAUCAGAAAAGACGUUCUACGCUAUGAAUCAGAGCCCCAUUUGAAACCCAUAGUUCCAGAAAAAAGAGUUGUGUCUAUUUAUAACGACAUUGCUGAAAAAUAUAGCAAAAAAAUAACAAAAGAAGAACUGUUUUCAGGCAUCUACUUUCUUCGCUUUUUUCAUUUACGGAAUGCAAAGGGUCAUGUUUUGGAAAUAGGUAGUGGACCAGGCUCGAAUUUUUCGUUCUACAAGUGGAAACAAAUACACUCUUUAUCUCUCAUAGAACCUUCAGAAGAAAUGCAUAAACUAGCUUCCACGCGCGCUGAAAAGAAGGUACCGGAGUCUGUUCAUCUUAAACAUUUUGCAGAAUUUGAAAAACUGCCAAAGGAAAGCUCGUUUGAUACAAUCGUUCAGACAUUUUGUCUUUGCUCACAAGAAAAUGCAGUAAAAAGUCUGAACAGAGCUAAACAAAUGCUACGUCCAGGCGGACAAAUUUUGCUCAUUGAACAUGGCCAAAGCAAAUAUGGGUGGCUGAAUAAAAUACUAAAUACUUAUGCUGAAUCUCAUUAUCAGAAUUGGGGGUGUGUAUGGAACAGAGAUAUAAAUGAACUCAUAGGAGAGUCCGACCUUGAGCUUGAGUCUUGCAAACGCUACAACUUUGGAACAACUUAUGUGAUAAAAGCUCACUAG